AUGGAUGAGGAGUGGUCGCGUGCGGAGCAGAGGGAGCAGGUGUCGCUGAAGGCCCAAGUGACGCUGCUGAAGCAGUCUCACGCCGCGGCCCAGGCAGAGAUCUCCAAAUUGCGGCGAGAGCUCGCGCAGAGGAGUUCCAGCAUCGUGCCUCACAUCUUCAAUUUUUCAAGCCGGCAACGACCAGAGUCGUAUUAUGUGGGAGAUGCAAAAGACCCUGACACGGAGCGUAGCACGUACAGCGACGAGAGCUCGGCCUCAAGUGAACUGCGCCAGGAAGCUUCCCCGCGUAGCCUUGCUGCCGAUGUGCCAACGCCAGAUUCCAUAGGCGUUUCGGACUGGCUGGCUUUUGACAUGGUGGCGACCCUUGUGGCCGGACCAGGCGUGGCCCGCAUCGGGGUAGGAUUCCUCAACUUGCCACCGGUGCCCCUGGUGGUGAAGAGGGUUACCAGAGGCUCCUGGGCAGAAAAACAAGGCAUCCGCUGCGGUGAUGAAUUUAUGUCUGUGGACCAUCGGCGAUCGAGGGCCUACACCUCCUCUGAGUUCAUGCAAGCGAUGAAGAAACGACCCCUGGUCAUCAAGUUGAGGCGGACUGUGCGCAAAGAAGGCGUCGAGGCCCCAGGCCUACCACAGCUCGCCAGCUUCGGCGCAGAGGUUUCGGACACCCAAAGCGUGGACCAAGAGGAGGAGGACGAGGAGGAAGAGGAGGAUGAGGAGGACGACGACGACGAGGCAGAGGACAUGUGCCCUGAGAAGGCACAGGAGGUGGCCGAGAAGUUGGCCAAAGAGGUAAAAGCCAAUGCAAAGAGGGACGAGGAGAGGCGGAGCCGAUUGGGUCAAAAGGAGCUCCGUGAGGUCCCUCCUGGGAUUGUUCGGACAUCCGGUGAGCCUUCGAGGCUACGCCGACUCAGUGCACCCGGAAAAGAGCUUGGAAAGCAGAGGCUGACGCAGCUGGAGGAGAAGAGGCUGUCGCUGCCAUCCUUUCGCCGAGCUCACGCCACGGACGCGAGAGACGCGAGCAGAGGCGAAGCCAAGCUGGUUGAGGCUGAGGAUCCGCUGGGAGGCUCGGCCUCAUGGCCUAAGUUCCGCGGGGCGCUGCCGCGGGAAGAGGGGGAGACAGACCAGCCUGAUGAAGACGAAGACGUCGAACAGGAUGACGGCAGCUCCAAGGAGGGCCGAAGCGAACAGGAGGAGGAGGCCAACAUGAGCUGCAGCACCAUCCUCAUCGAUUCAAGUACAAGUCUCGAAUCCACGCCGACGAUGGAUGGUGUGAGCCCGCCUCGGCUCUGUGAGAAGCAGGAGAUCGAGGAUGAGUUCUUCUAG